AUGGCAACAGCUCAAGGGCAUCAUACCGAUGUCGUCCCAAUGCCAAAAUGGUCCAGAUGGGUUGGUUUUGCUCGAGUUGCUCUUGCGAUUCUAGUCCUUGGUUUCACCGCUGCUGCUUGUUCGAUCUGGGGUGUCUUCCCAGCUUUUGGCAUUGCACUCUUUACAUCAUGUGCCACACUCUUGAUCUUCGGCUACUAUAUCAUUGCCCUGUCUCACAAACCCGCGUUGUAUAACCGCUGGGUCGUCCUUGGUCUUGAAGUCUUUGGUGUCUUCUUCUGGCUGGUUAGCUUCGCGCUUCUUGCCAAUUGGACCAGUCGUUUCAACGGAUUCAACCGAUGGUACGGUAAUGGAGACAGCUAUGGCUUCUGGAAUGCUCCUUACUCUCCUGAGGAUGUUGGGUUUAGCAAAAGAGCACCUAGAUUUAGGCCUAAGAAAGGAGGGCACAGCAACAGGCAUGUCGGUGUAGCUUUGGCAGGGACCGCUACAGGCCUCGGAGGCCUCGAGUUCUUCCUCUACUCUGUGACACUACUGGUGUUUGGAUUGGCCCUUCACAAACAGCGAACUGAGCUUAGAGCUGCUACUACUGCCGAUAGAACUGCCAGACCAGUAGAGCCCGCAGCCGAACCGGAGGCUGAGGUGGUUGAGCAGAAACCGGUAAUUGCAGCCGAGACUGUCUGA